AUAAAUCUUGUCUACCACAUUCAAUCCCCAUUCCCUCACUGCCGCCGCCGCGAUGCUCCGACUCCGGAGCUGCAUCCUCCCUCGCCUCCUCUCGUCUCCCGCCACCUCUCUCCACCGCGUCCUCUCCGCGGCUGCGCCCGCCGUUUCCCCCAACCAUAGUAGCUUCGCCGUGGAGGACUACCUCGUCUCCACCUGCGGCCUCACCCGACUACAGGCCGCCAAGGCCUCCGCCAAGCUCUCCCACCUCAAGUCCCCUUCCAAGCCCGACGCCGUCCUCUCCUUCCUCGCCGGCCUCGGCCUCUCCGGCGCCGAUGUCGCCGCCCUCGUCGCCAAGGACCCGCUGUUCCUCUGUUCCAAAGUGGAGAGAACCCUGGCCCCCAAUGUCGCGGAGCUCACCGGCCUCGGUCUCACGCGUUCUGAGAUCGCGCGCCUCGUCUCGCUCGCCGGGGCCACUUUCCGCUGCAAAUCCAUUAUCUCCGGGAUGCAGUACUGCUUGCCCCUCUUCGGCUCCUCCGAGAACCUCCUUGGAGCGCUCAAGAGUGGCCAUAUUCUCUCGUACGACCACGACCGGGUCGUCAAGCCCAAUGUCGCCUUCCUGCAGGAGUGCGGGCUAGGUGCUUGUGAUAUUGCCAAGCUCUACGUGCAUAAUCCAUCGCCGCUCAGCACCAGCAAGGAACGCCUCCGGACAGCAGUGACCUGCAUCGAAGGUCUCGGUGUACCCCGUGGAUCUCCGAUGUUGAGACAUGCGCUACAAGCUGUUGCAUUCCUCAGCGAGGAGAAGAUCACCACCAAGGUAGAGCAAUUGAAGAAAAUGUUCAGGUGGUCGGAUGCCGAGGUGGCCGCUGCUUUUUGUAAGGCUCCAUCGUUGCUGGUGAGGUCCAAGGACUCGCUGCAGCGCAGAUCCGACUUCCUCAUCUCCGAGGUGGGGUUUGAACCUGCAUACAUUGCUCAUCGUCCAGCAAUGCUCACGUACAGCUUGGAGGGCCGCGUCAGGCCCCGGUACUACGUUGUAAAGUUUCUUAAGGAAAAUGGAUUGCUAGAUCGCUCCCGGGACUAUUAUAGAGCAGUCAUGAUCACCGAGAAAGAAUUUGUGGAGAAGUUCAUAUCUCCUCACAAGGAAUCUGCACCACACCUCACUGAAGAUUAUGCAACUGCUUGCAGAGGGGAAGUGCCCGUCAGGCUCAUGUUUGCAUGAACCAAGAAUUCCGAAUUCUAUGUGUGCAAUCCUGAUCACUAUGUGAUUUUGACUUCUAUAUGUAGUCUGUAGAAUCCUAAUUGCUAUGUAAUUCUGAAGUCAAUUAUGGUUAGUUCGUUAUUUAAUAUGGACUAGAACAUUCAUGUUUUCUGUA